AUGUCCACCGAGAAACCUCGCAAGUCGCUCAUUCUAAAUGCCUUCGUGGAGAUGUGUAGCGGGCACCAGUCCCCUGGACUAUGGCGACACCCGGAGGACGAGUCUCAUCGCUUCAACGAUGUCGACCACUGGGUAGAGCUAGCACAGCUCCUGGAAUCGGCCAAAUUUCACGGAAUCUUCAUCGCAGAUGUUCUCGGUGGUUACGAUGUCUACAAAGGCCCAAGAAAUCUUGACCCUGCAAUCAUCUCCGGCGCACAGUGGCCAGUCAAUGAACCUUUGGCCGUAGUUCCUGCUAUGGCAGCGGCCACAAAGCAUAUUGGAUUCGGCGUCACGGUCACAACAACAUACGAACCGCCAUAUCAUCUCGCAAGGCGACUUUCAACGGUCGAUCAUCUCACCAAGGGACGCAUUCAGGUUGUCACAGGAUAUCUCGAUUCGGCCGCUCGCAACCUAGGCCAAGCCGAACAACCCCAUCACGACGACCGCUACCUACUCGCGGAAGAAUAUAUCAAAGUUACCUACAAGCUGUGGGAGUCCUCUUGGCGGCAAGAUGCCGUGAUUCGUGACCGGGAGCGCGGCAUUUAUACAGACCCAGCAGGCGUGCGAGAGAUCAACCAUGUGGGCAAAUACUACAAUGUGCCCGGGCCUCAUCUGUGUCAGCCAAGUCCCCAACGAACCCCGGUGAUUCUACAAGCAGGAACUUCAAAAGCGGGCAAGACGUUCGCGGCGCAACAUGCUGAGGCGAUCUUCGUAGGCGGUCACAGUCCAUCUGUGGUAGCGAAGAACGUGAAAGAAAUCCGCGAAUUAGCUCAGAACGAGUUUGGCCGUGAUCCUCGGAGCAUCAAAUUCCUUGCCCUGAUCUGUCCCGUUUUAGGCAAGACCGAGGAAGAAGCAAUUGAGAAGUUCAAGCAUUACCGGAGCUUGGGAUCGAUUGAUGGUGCUCUUGCACUAUUUGGCGGAUGGACUGGAAUCGAUUUGGACACUUAUGGAGAUGAUGAAGAGCUGCGACAUGUUGAGAGUAACGCGAUUCGGUAUGUGAAAUUUAUCAAGGUUGCGAAUCAUGCUGACUGGUUUAGAUCUGCUGUCGAGGGGUGGUCAAAAGCAACGCCCGGGGUCGCCAAGUGGACUAAAGCUACUGUCGGUCAGCAUAUCACUGUUGGUGGUCUGGGGGCCACGCCAGUUGGAACAGCUGCUCAAGUUGCCGAUAAUAUGGAACGCUGGGUUGAAGAGGCCGAUGUCGACGGGUUCAACUUGGUAAGAGCGUUGGAAAUCCAGCUUCAGAUUUUGACUAACUUCGAUGAACAGGCAUACGCCAUCAAGCCUGGAUCUUUCAAAGACAUCAUCGAUCUUUUGAUCCCCGAGCUGCAGAAGCGUGGUCUUUUCUGGGACGACUAUGCCGCUCCAAAGGGAACUUACCGCGAGAACCUUUAUGGAGAACCAGGACAGUCAGGUCCCCCAGCAGACCAUCCCGCCUCAAAGUAUCGAUGGAAAGCUGGGGUUGAUGCAGCGGAUGCUCCAGUCCCUGAAAAUUGA